CGCCGGAGGGUGCGUAAAAAGCCUUCCGCCGCGAUGGUUAGACCCCGCUCGGCAAUCGUUUUAACUGGGAAGGGAAAGGAGAAAAAAAACACCCUCCCCAGCGGUUGAUUUCGCAUAUUAACACUAUCUAACAUCCAGAGGAGACUCUGGACGGUUGUGAACCACGAAGCCUUGUGGCCCGAAGCGAUUGUAAACAAACCGGCGGGAGCAGAGAGAGGCGCGCGACAGCGACGCGGACCGAGCGGCGGCGAGCGAGCGAACAGCAGCGGGGGGGGGGAGAAAAAAAAAAAAAAAAAAAAAAAAACCUCCAGCUCCUGGUGACAUUUUAUAUUCCGACACCGCGGCGGAAAAACGGCAAAUUCGAGCGUUAAAAUGCCGGGAAUGAUGGACAAAGGCUCGGAGUAUUUGGGGAAAGGUCGAUCGAACGGCACGAAGAGUCCGUCCAACGCUUCUAACGGACAUUUUUCUGACGAAAGCGGCAGCGACGACGAACACGAUGUGGGCAUGCGGGUCGGAGCGGAUUAUCAGGCCAAUAUUCCCGAGUUCGAGCCCGGCUCCACUAAAUACACGGACAAAGACAGCGGAGGGAUGCUGGUUUGGUCUCCGUAUCACAGCAUCGUCGACUCCAGGCUGGACGAAUACAUCGCUUUGGCCAAAGAGAAACAUGGGUACAACGUGGAGCAGGCCCUCGGCAUGCUUUUCUGGCACAAACACAACAUCGAGAAGUCUCUGGCCGACCUGCCAAACUUCACCCCGUUUCCAGACGAGUGGACGGUGGAGGACAAGGUGCUGUUUGAACAGGCCUUCAGCUUCCACGGCAAGAGCUUCCACCGCAUCCAGCAGAUGCUACCGGACAAAUCCAUCUCCAGUCUGGUGAAGUACUACUACUCCUGGAAGAAGACUCGCUCCAGGACCAGCCUGAUGGACCGGCAGGCCCGUAAACUGGCCAGCAGGAGCACCCAGGACGACAGUGAUGAGGAGAUGGAGGAGGCUCCUCCCAUCGAAGCCCACGACAGCGACUACGACCCCAACAAGCAGACAAAGAAAGAGAACCUGGUGGAGCCGGUGGCGCCCAACCCCAAGGUGGCGUUGGGUCGGCGGGAGCACCACACCCUGCAGCACCGGCACCACCAGCGCUCCCGCUGCCGCCCCCCCAAAGGCAUGUACCUGACCCAGGAGGACGUGGUGGCCGUCUCCUGCAGCUCCUCCGCCGCCAACACGCUCCUCCGCCAGCUGGACAUGGAGCUGGUGUCGCUCAAGAGACAGGUGCAGAACGCAAAGCAGAUGAACAGCGGUCUGAAGCACAUGUUGGAUUGUGGGAUUGAGGAGUUCAAACUGGCGGAGUGUAACCAGAAGGUGAACGCCCGCUGGACCACAGACGAGCAGCUGCUGGCGGUUCAAGGCGUGAGGAAAUACGGGAAAGACUUCCAGGCCAUCGCUGACGUCAUCGGCAACAAGACGUUGGGCCAGGUGAAGAACUUCUUUGUGAACUACCGGCGGCGGUUCAACCUGGACGAGGUGCUGCAGGAGUGGGAGGCCGAGCAGGGAACGCGAGCGCCCAACGGGGACGGCGUGACCUCCGGGGAGGAGGGGAAGACGAGCUCCGCCACCCCGUCGGGGAAGAGCACCGACGAAGAGGACGAAGAGGGUCAGGUGACCUCCUCGGGCGCGUCUCCCGCUGCCUCGUCUUCCUCCUCGGCUCAGGUUCCAGCGACGUCCGGCACCACCUCCACCUCCUCCUCCUCCCUCCACCAGCCCCCUCCCCUCCUGCGGCCCUCCCUCCCGGCAACACCCUCCCUGCACCGCCAGCCCCCGCCCCUCCAGCAGCAGGCCCGCUUCCUGCAGCCCCGCCCCACCCUGCAGCAGCCGCCGCCACUCAUUCGCCCCUCCAACCCCAUGCUCCCUCGCCUCAACCCGCGCCCGCCCGCCCCCAUGGCCCUCGGCGGCGGCAGCAACGCGGGCGGGUCAGGCCCGAGCUCCGCCCAGCAGGCCCCCGGCGCGGCCGCCCACCAGUCAGAGGCCUCCUCGUCUUCCUCGCUGCACUGACGACCGUCGGACGGAGGUUCCGCUGAAGAGACACGAGGGGAGAAAGUGUUCAACCUGCCGCCGCGUUCAGGUCCCGUGGGAAAGUCCGAGCGAAGAGCUUCGACGACAAGUGGAUCAGUCUUUAUGAAUUUGUCACUGAAAGUGUGCAGAUUUUUAAAGCUGAUCUUUGUCAGUCAGCAGACAUGUGGCGUCCCACAGGGUUCCAUCCUGGGUCCCUGCCUUUUCUCUUCAUCAUCAUCACGCCUCCACGUUUCUGCAUUAACUGCCAUAAACCAAAAGGCACACGACAGCGGUACCUGUACAUUUCAAAGUGACUCAUCAGUCCUCCUCAGCAGCGCUGAUAUUUUCUACAUCUAAAUUAAUCUAAUUGAAAUGAAGUAAUAGUCUAAUAUAACUUUGAAUUAGGUUUUAAAUUCAACUUGAAUCAGCGUAUCUUCUUACAUUAAGAAAGUCAACAUUGCAUUUCGUUCAUUUCGUAAUCAUCAGUUGUUUUGUGAGUUUUCCGGAGGUUUCUAGGUUUAUACUCUGCUGACUCUUGAGUUCCUCAACCCGAACAAAUGAAUCCACCGACAACUGGCUCCCCAGAGGACGAAUCCUUUUCGAUGUCUGUGUCCCCCCCCCCCGAUCUUUUUCUAGCACCACCCUUAAGAAUCAAUGGAGGUCACCAACGUGAUCACACACCUUUACAAAGGGCUCCAUACAACCUUAAUGUUUAGAUACAAAUUAGGAUUAACCCGAGGUGCUGAUGUUAAAAGCUCUAGCUUUUAGCUAUAUAAAAGACCCAUGUUUACACGCACACCAACGUUGUGUCUGACUGUGCGUGCCUCUCGGCUACAGCCACAUUCAAGUAAGUUUAAAAAGUCUCAGUAAUCAGCCUAAAAAGUUUUAGUUAAACACGCUUUAGUUGGGGACUAUUUUCAGCGGUGGAUUCAUCUUAGUUUGGUGAUCUAUUGGCAGCAGGACGUGUGUGUGCGUGUGUGUGUGUGCGUGUGCGCUAGAAAACCUACACUGUGUGUCGUCAUGGCGAUGAAGGAGACGAGUACAGUUUGGUAUCCGUUUGAAUCAGCUGUGACUCGUUGGGUGUAGAAACGUCUCCGUCAGCCAAAUGAGAAAAUGCUCCUCACUGCUCUUUACUAAUUGUUCCGUUGUUGGAUUUUACUUCCUCGCAGUAGCUGAUGUUGUUUUUUUUCCUGCGUGUUGAAGAUUUAUUUUGAAGAGAAACACUUAAAUGUUUAAUGUCUGUCUUUUUUUGUUAUUUAUUAUUCUUCCUGGUGCUAUCAGUUUGGACUUUGUGUGGAAAAAAAAAAGUAAUUGUGAAAGUGCUCUUAAUGCUUUUUGGGCAAACGUGCAUCACGGCGUUAAAUGUAACUGGAGAAUUCCACUACUUGUAAAAUAUUGCUGUUAAAAAUUUAGCUGGCGCGACGUCUCAUUAAAAACGACAUUUGUACCAUCA